AAGGAACGGCAAAGACAGUUAGGAGAGGGGACUAGACGGACAAGAUUACAUGAAAACUCGGAAGACAACACUAAAAUCAGCUGUGGAGAGGCAAAGAAGACGUGGCAGCGCCGCUUACUCCGCAGCACCACAGCGCGGGGGUCACGUGAUCACGGUGGGUUCCUCUCCCCUGCAGGAGUUGACCCGGCACACCCCACACCCCUCUCACACUUCUCACGACGCCCCUACGCCAUGUCUGCCAAGCCUCACAGGAUAUCAGGGUGAGGAGGAUGAUGUCCCACGAGGAGCACCGCCGCCACUCGCCAGGGGAGGAGGAGGACGGCGAGGACGAGGAGCAAGACAUGGAGGCCAGAACUGCUGUGGAGGCUUUGCUGGCACUUACUUCCCCUACUGACUACACACACCAUACAGGCUAUGAGGAGGAGUACAUCAUGGACCCGGUGAGUGAGGGAUACCCCAAGGUUGUGUCAGAGAAGGACAGCGUCGAGGUGUACAACAGUUUGCCUGUGGAAGAGAUGGAGGUGGAGGAGAGCAGCUGCAUUAAGGUGACGGGGCAGAAUGUUCCCAUCACUCUGGACACAAACGCAGCACAAGUACAGCUGUCAGAAACAGCGAGGUUGAGCACGUCAGAGAGCAAAGACGUGAAUGCUUCUGAUGAGGGACUGAAGCAGCUGCGGGCAUUUGUGCAGGCAACGGAGGGACAGGAGAGUGUGGUGAAGGCGUGCACCAAACCCCAAGGCAUGAGAGGUGGUGAGAAACGAAGUGCAUUUGGUGAGAACGGAACUCCCAUGAAAGUUAGUAAGAGGGAAUGUGAUGUUAGGGAGAAGAAGGGAACAGUGGCAGUGGUGAACAAGGCUGCUGCUGCUGGUGAGGGGAGUGCUAAUAGUGAUACAAAGGUUUGUGGCACAGACAAAACAGGUGAAAAGUGUAGUGACAAUCAGAAAUGUGAGCAGAGCGCCACAAAACCACAGGACAAAGUGGCUGGUGCUAGAGAUGGAACACAGUACAGGAACUUUCAGGGUGGUGACAGUGGUGGCACAGGAGAGAGUGAGAGGGACAAAAUCCAGAACACAGUGUUGGGUGAGGAUGAUGAUGAGGAAGAUUCAUCUGAGAGUGAGAGUGAGGCCACAGAACCAAGCCGUGUGGUGGAGAGAGGUGGGGGAAUGGAGAGUAAAGUGGAGGGUAAUAACAGUGACACCUCAGACUCAGAUGGUGAGGAUGGUGACAGUGACUCGAGCAGUUCUAGUAGUGGUUCCGACUCCUCAUCAUCUGACUCAGAUUCAGAAGGUUCUGAGUCAGAUAGUGAGUCAGAAAGUGACUCUAAAUGCACAGGUAAAGGGAAGGGAACUGCGCCAGUAGCAGUGCCAGCACCAGCAGCAGUGACAGGGGAGAGCAGUGUAACUGAAAGUGGUGCUAGUGCUGUCAUGAGUGAGAGGAAGGACAGUGAAAUAAGAGUGAAGGAACAUUGCGGUGCUGAGGACACAAAGUUGAUUGAUAAAAGAAGACCAUCUGAUCCAUUAAGAGUGGCUGACAAGGUCAAAGCAGGUGACAAUUCAAAGGCAAGUGACCAGCCCUUAAGUGACCCUCAAAAACUUGGUGACAAAGUGAAGCUAACUGAACAACAAGUGAAGGGCAAGAAAAGUGUUCUGUACAAAGAGGAGACAGUGAGAGAGGCCAAGACACAGAAGGGAGAGAAGGAAGUGAUGGUGACAGUCAAAGAAAGGAGGAAAAGCUCUGAGGUGUGUGAGGAGCGUCGUGUGUCACAACCAGAGAGCAGUAGGGACAUGGACAGCCUCAGUAACGUGUCCUCAGACACAGAGAGGAAGAGUGAGGCUGCGAAGGAUUCCAGAAAGGACGUGAGUAAUGGUGAGAGAAGGUCAUCAGUGGGGUCCAGGAACUGCCUCACCUCCAAGCCACUGGAGAAAAGUGACAAGACAUUGAGUGGAAUUAAGCUAACCAAUGAGAAGAAACUAUUCAACAACAACAGCAUCAGCAUUACCAAGUCACAAGCUAACUUAAGUACAAGCAACAACUUUAAUAAGAAGAACAGUGUCAUCAAAACAGAGACACAGGCAGUGAGUAAGGUACCGGCCAGCCUCCCUAAGCUAACCACCAAACCCUCAGGGACGACCAACAGCUCCCCAAGAGCUGGCGGCGAGCGCAGUCCAGUGGAUUUAGUACAAGAAGUAGCGGUCACAUUUGCCAAGCAGCUGUCAGCCAUUCAAGCCAGCCAGAUGCGAAGCAGUGCUGGCAGAACAGACCAACACACAGAGGAAAGUAAAUGUUCCCAAGAAGACCACAGCCCCUCACAAGUUACUCAGGAGGAGGACGAGAAGGCAGACUCAGAGAUAGAGGACAUGUUCCCAAUCCAGGCUGAGGUUGUGAUGUCUGAGGGCAGCGAGAGUGGCCUGGAGUAUGAAACCUUUCCUGACCAGGUGCCUCAGGAUGACCUCAGCUGGUGCAGGAAGGGCAGUGAAGUCCUGGAUCCAUCAGAAAAGGAGAAUGUGGAGCUGAUGGCUUAUCUCAAGAGUUAUGUGAAUGGCACCAGGGAAGGUGAGAUUGUGGAGUACCCGCCACCAAACAAUGACCUGCCACCAGGUGGUCGUGACCUGACACAGUGGCAGCUGGAUGAGGUGCGUCUGCCCCCCUUCACACCCAGUGUGGCGCCUCCCUCAUGGCUGCGCCUCACCAUCCCGGCUGAGGGUUACCGCUGCCAGUCCUGUGAUGACACGUUCUUCAUUGAGAGCUCCUUGGUGCAGCACCGGGAGAGGCGGAGUGUGUGGAUCAGCCUGGAGUGUGGUCCCUGCGAUGCAAAACUCACUUUCUACAAUCGCUGUGCUCUCAAAGACCACCUGCGUAACCAUAUGCUGCGCGGGGAGGAGGUAGAUGAGGAGACGGUAGAGGUGAGGUCCCUGCCGCUACAGCUGACGCGCCUCUUGCAGCCCAUUGUGGUGCCAGUGCCAGACUCCCUCAGGAUGCGAGGCAAAAAGGUAGGCAGGAACCUGAAGGGUCACGGCGCUGUGAACAAGAUGCCUGUGCUGAAGCCAAUAGGGAGAUGUACGUCGGCCAGGCUGGAUGAGUACCAGAAUGAUGCUGGGGCCACGUCCCUGGAGGAGGAGCAGGAGGAUGUGGCUGAGCAGGAGGAGGAGAUGAGGAGUCCCACUGAGAAGAUACCUCCUGGAAUCAAGAGGCUGUCACCAAGGAAGAGAACGGUGCGGUGCUACUUGUGUGAGAGAAUGUUCCACAGUGUGCGGGAGUUGAUGGCGCACAUGCGCACUGACCAGCCCUACUCAGACCAGCGAGUGGAGUGCAAGAAGUGCCAACUGGUCCUGCCGAGUGUGUGUGCCGCCAAGGCUCACAUCCUCACGCACCCACCGGCCAACACGUCCAACAUCUCAGUGUGUCCAGAGUGCGGAAGCCGCUGCGAUGGGCCACGGGAGUUCGUACACCACCUCAACACGUGUGGCCACCAGUACCGGCGUUCAGGCGUGGUGUGCACUGUGUGUCAGGUGUGCUUCUUCAGGUCCCAGGAUGACUUCCUCACGCACUGGAUUGCUGAGCACUGUGCCAAGUCCUAUGAGUGUGUGGUGUGCCGCAGCACCUUUGAGAGUCUGGUGUUCCACCGCUGCACAUCGCCGGGCCAACAGGUCCUGGCCACUUUCCGCUGCCUGCUGACCUGUCCUCUGUGCUCAGUGGCGGUGCAGCUCCAUGCGCAGGAAGAGCAGGACACCAACAGCAAGAUACGUGCCCACCUGGCGGAGGCACACCCAACCAUCAUCACCCGUGUCCAUUACGUCUACAAGUCCAAAUUUUGCACCAAUGCCUUCCGCUCCAAGGACGAGCUGCGGGCACACCAUGACCGGGAGCAUCGCCGCGACAACCACUACCGCACCAAGACCUGCACACUGCACCAUGAGGUGCUCGGCUACCAGCACCAGUACUUCAGUGGCCAGGAGCCACGCAACGCCUUCGUCACACUGCCCGUGGCACUUAGCGCUGAGGAGCUGCAUGAGGCACGCAUCAGGGAUGUACCCACUGUCAGCAGCGUCAUCGACAAGACUCUCUUCCCAGACAUGAUCCUGCAGGAAGUUGGGCGAGGCAUCAAGGGUGAGAGGCCCUCAAAGAAUAAGGCUGUGGCCAGCAGGGGAUCGGCCAAGGAGGGGGAGGCCAAGGAGGGAGGGGCGAAGGAUGCUCCAGUAAAGAAGGACAUGGACCAGCUGGACAAGUUGCGGCCCAAGGUGUGCUACCGGUGCGGCAUUCACUAUGCCGACAACAAGGACUUCAGGCGACACAAGCGCACCUGUGAGGGGGAGUCGGCGGAGCGCCAGUGUCGGCUGUGCGGCCUGACAGCAGUGGGUGAGGACUUUGCCCGCCACUGCCUGGGCCAUGUGCAGGAGGGGGCCAUUCUGUGCAUCUACUGCAAUGGCACACAGUUCACCACCACAGCAGACCUAGAGCAGCACUUUGAGCUGCAUGUGCACGAACAGUUCUCGUAUCCUGCCAGCUGUGCUUUCUGCUGCACCUCCUUGCCGGACGUGCCCUCGGCCUUGGCACACCUCAAUGAGGAGCAUGACCCGCUACACAUCCCCUUUGACACCUCAGAGUUUGAGUGCGACAGGUGUGGCCGCAGGUUCCAUGGGGAACGGGGCCUGAGUGUCCAUCUGGGGCGCUGCACACUGGGCACUGCCACACCCACACCAGCUUCAGCGGGUUGCCGGCAGUGCCAGGUGUGCACCAAGGCCCUCACUCCAGAGAUGUUUGGGCGGCACAUGGUCUGCCACCUGGAGGAGGGGCUGCUGGUGUGUAGUCUGUGUGAUGGCCGCACCCUGCCUUCCUCCAUGGCCCUUCUGCACCACUUGGAGGAGCAUGCAGCAUCCCUGGCUUACCCCAGCUCCUGCCCCAUGUGCACCUUCUCCAUGGAGGACUCCACCUCAGCCCUCACGCACCUGAAGGAGGAGCAUGGCUUUGGCAAUCUGCACUGUGUUGACUGUGACAUGCACUUCAACUUCACAUACCAACUGCAGCGGCACACAGACAUUGUGCACAAGAUCUGCCAAUAUGCCAAGCGGAGAUACAUCUGCUGGAUCUGCCGUGCAUAUGACCACGUCAAGAAGGAGACUCUGAUGAACCACUUCCGCACGGUUCAUGGUCUGGAUCGCCAGCAGGUGGAUGAGAAGGUGAUGAUCAGAACCAGGGGACAGGGCACCAUGCCCACCUCACAGUUCAUACCCACCAAGCCUCUGGGCAGCAAGGAGAACCAGGGACUUGCCGCUGCCAACAAGGAUGCUGAGACUCCCCUAGUGAGGACUCAGAGAGACAAGAGCAAGACCUUGCCCAGCAAAUCCUCAACAGGAAUAGACUCCCCAAUAAAGCAGAGUGGUGCUAGCAGAUCCCCUUUGAAGGACUCACCCCAGAAGACACUCACACCCCAGGAGAGUCCUACCAAAGAGGAGCUGUCAAAGAUGGGCACCUCACAGGGCACACCAGGUAAGGACAACCUUCCUAAGCUGCACAGUAUGGAUGUAAGUGGUGCAGGGGACUCCUCCAACACCCUGUCAUCCUCCAAGCCCCGUCCCUCCCUGACUGAGAGGAAGAUGAAGGACAAAACAAAGGUGCUGGUGAAGAGGCUGCCAAACUCCAUCCUGGAUGAAGAGUCCAGAACAAAAAGGAGAAAAACAGAGGGACAGAGGAGCGAGGGUGAACCAGAAUCCCUGGAGGGUGGCGAGAAGAAAGAGAGGAAGAAAAAGAAGAAGAAGAAAGCAUAUAAGUGCCACUUGUGCUUAUAUGGCACCAACUUCAAGGACAAGAUGGAUGCCCACCUCUUCAAACACAAGGAGAAUGGGGAGGAGGUGGGAGAUGCAGAUGGGUUCGUGUGUCGUGAAUGUGGCGCUUCAUUUGUGGUGGAGCCAUCUCUGGCACGCCACAUGUUCUUUGCACACAAGGUGAAGCUGCACAUGUCUAGCGCUGAUGAGAAUGACGAAACCACACCAACACUGCCAGCUCCAGCACCAGCAGGAGCACCAGCAGCAGCAGUAGCACCAGCACCAGCACCAGCACCAGCACCACCAGCACCACCACCACCACCACCACUACCACCACCACCACCAACAGUGCCAGCAGCACCACCACCAGCAACACCAGCAAUGCCUCCAGCAGCCACACACAUCAAGACAGAGCCAGACAGUGAAGCAAAGCCCAUGGAGGAGAGAAAAGAAACCCGUAUCAAGCAGGAGGUGAAAGAGGUGCCGGUAGAAGUGAAGGAGGAGAGAACAAUCCCCAAGAGGAAGACAUUGAGGGAGACAGUGAGGAAGAAAACUGAAAGUGAGGCCAUGAAGACAAGAGGGGAGAGGAGUAGGAGAGUAGAGGCAGUGUCCAUCAAGAAACGACCGUCAAGACCGAACCCUAAGAGAAAGCCGGAGAGAGCUACACCACAGGCAGCACUGACGGCAACAUCAAGCAGGAGGAAAGAGGACACGUCUAGAAGGAAGGCAAAAGAAGGCAGGAGGAACUUAGAGAGAGUUACUGUGAAGAGGGAGUACUUGGAGGAUGACUAUGAUGAUGAUACGCUUGAUAAUCAGUGUGUAGUGUGUAAGGAGGAAUUUACCAAUCCUGUUGAGUUAUACAGCCACCUGAGGACGCAUGGCAUGGCCUUUCUUAAGCUUGGCCGCAAGGCACGACCACUCGGCCUUGGAAAACCUCUUGAACGGUAGGGGUUGGAAGGAAAACCAGGCACCCCAGAGUUUUAUUUUUCCAGUGUUUUGUUCCUGGCAUGGAUCCUUGACAUUUGCAGCAAGAAUGAGCGAGGGUGGAUAAGUGUGUGUGUGUGUGUGUGUGAGUGUGGCCUCCUGCAGUGGUCAGAAGCAUUGUGAGUAAAGAGGAAAAGUGAGAGAAAGGGACCUUUCUUGUGAGUAAAGAGGAAAAAUGAGAGGAAGGGACCUGUACUAUUACUUCCAUUGGCCGGGUAUUGUCAGUCAAGAGGGGAAGUGAGAGGGGACUGCUGUAUGAUCUUUUGGCCAGCUAUUGUUAGUACAGGAAGGAAGAGAAAGAAAGGAACCUGUAUUAUAACUUGCAAUGAUCAAGUGUUGUCAGUGAAGAUUGAAUAUGAAAGAAAGAGACCUGUAUUAUAACUUGCAUUGGUUAGAUCACGUCAGUGAAGAAAAGACGGAGGCAGAGACUUCCUUGUGACACUGAGAUGCCUGACAAUGCAACUCACUGGAAAAGCAGGAAAGAAACAAAGCAUAAAGGAUGUGAAGGAUGAAAGGUACACCAUGAGAAAAUGACAAGAUUCUGCACAGCUGACUCAAGACUGGUAGUUGGUUUGGUUGUGUUUUUAACCUGACUGAAUGUAUGUAUGUUUGUGUGUAUGCUUGAAUUUAUGCUUAUUUAACAUUCAUUGUGAUAAUGUGGUAUAUGAACUACUACUAUAGUACUACUACUACUACUGCUACUGCUACUUCUCCAUGGCAUAGUGAUGAAUGUUGAUGGAAAGUGGUGAUGGUAGUGGAAGUUAGUAAAUUUCUUGUUUUUAUUUAUUUUUAGUUAGUAAUUUUAGUAUCACAUCUGGAUUUUUGUAUGUCUUCUUUUGUUAUGCACUUUUUUGUAAACAUGUUUUUUUAACUCUAACUGUUUUUAUUUGAUUUAUAUUGUUUUUAUUUUCUUUAUAUAUUUUUAUAAUAAUUUUCCUCUGCCAGCUUGCUUGGUUCAGUUCAUUUGUCAAUCAGUCACUUCAUUUGGCAAUCCUUUAAGUCUAGUCAUGUGUUCUAGAAAGAUAAAAAUGAACAAAAAAGGGAGAAACCUUAUUAUUUUUAUUUUGUUUAAGUUGAGAAAGAUAAGAAAAAUCCGUUAUUUUCUUUAUUAUAGAAAAUCUUUAUUAUGAUCAGUUUUUCCUUUUCUUGGUCUGAAAGUAAGAUGUGUCCCUCCUCCUCCUCCUCCUCUCAUCACAUCACUCCUACUCAGUGCUUCCUCCUGUUCUCUCUUAACACCCUGAUUCUCCUUUUCUUCUACAAGCAGGAAUGUCUGUUAGCUUUUUUUAUUGCAGUCAUGUUCUCAGCUUUAGGUGUUUUGAGUUUGCUUUGAGUAAUGUGGCUUGUGGUGCCAUGUAACCACAAGCCAAUUAGUAGUCACUCAGUCUCUCUCUCUCUCUCUCUCUCUCUCUCUCUCUCUCUCUCUCUCUCUCUCUCUCUCUCUCUCUCUCUCUCUCUCUCUCUCUCUCUCUCUCUCUCUCUCUCUCUCUCUCUCUCUCUCUCUCUCUCUCUCUCUCUCUCUCUCUCUCUCUCUCUCUCUCUCUCUCUCUCAUUAUUGAAGUAUGUUGUAUAUAUAUUUUAUCCCCCAGUGCUGCUUCUCCUGAGACAUUUGUAGUGGUUAAGUGGCCUAAAGGAGACAUUAUUUGAUUUCUUAUGGUUUUGUUAUUUUAUAUCGUACAAAUAUUUUUUACCUUUAAUAAUUUUGCUCUUAAGUUGCCAGAUACAUUCUAUAUUGUUUUGCAGAUUUGAUGUUUAGUUUUGUUUAUGUAUAAGUUUAAAAAACUUAUUUCUGUAGCACUGUUCCUCACCUUUUCAAUACCCUGGUGUCAGUUAUACCAAAUUUUGAUACAGUUUGGGGAGUUUUAACCACUCAAGUAUUAAAACUGUCUUAUAAAACUUAAUGAAACCCCAAAAUUUACCAUAACUUUUUGUAAUGUCAUCAAAAAAAGUAAGAAUAUGAAAUGAGAUGAUCAUGAUGAAUUUGCUAAUUUUAUUAAGUUUUGCAUGACAGUUUUCAUAAUGAAACAGUUAAAAUUCAUUCCUAGUUCCAAUGUCAUCCAGUACAAUUAUAUUUAUACUUUACUGGAGCAACAUUAUGAAAUCUGGAUAUCUUGACAAAUAUUGAUUGCGUUAAACAAUCCUUUCAUUUUUGCUGAAGUAAUCGUUCCUGUCAGCCUGUAACCCUCUGCUUGCCCCCCCCCACCUCCCCUCAGCCUGGUGUCCCAUGACGUCCAGGUGUAGAUGCUACAUACUGUCUACUACUUCCAGUUUUAAAACAUUGGUACAAAUACUCUCUUUAAUUUUUCUUAAUAAACGACAAGAACACA